CAAACGCAAAGCAUCACGAGACGAGUCGCGCCGAAUUUUUUGAAACCAAGCGGCGGGCGUUUCCGUGCAAAAAGGCGCGGUUGGAUCUCAUUUUCAAAUACACUGUCCCAUGCGUUUGGUGCUGUUCACGUGCUGUGGCCUCGGCAUGACCAUGGCGACGACAAAGACAGGGGUCUACUUGCCUGGCAGCUGGAGCCCUGAGUACACACCGUCGACGAUCAAGGGCUUGCCGACCUGUUCGACCAACAACUGGGUCGUCUCGGGCUCGACGUACGACGGUGUCACGGCCUGCUCGAAUGCCAAGUCGACAAAGAUCUCUAUCAACCCAUUUCGAUGCACGCAGUACAAUGCGAUCAAGAACAUCCAGGGCAUCUACGACUGCAGCUCGUGCUUUUACGGCUGGCGGUUUGCACCCAACGGGGACGUACUCUCGUACGAGAGCACAACCCAAGCUGCGGGCAUCCGCUUGAGUGCGUACUUUGUGCCGCAAACCAUCAAGAGCCUUGACGGCAUGAAGUCGUGCUUGAUGACCAACGAUGCCAACCUCGCCUCUCUCUGCGACUUUAUUGAGCGCGACAGUCUGGCGCCGGGCGCCAAGGCGACGUGCGUCAAGAAGAGCAGCCCACCGUACACGUUUGCAAAGCCGCUCAACGACGCUGCGUCAUGCAACACGUACGCUGUCAAGAACAGACAAGUUGUCUGCACCAAGUGAGCCCGUGUGACGAGUGUGAAACUGUCAAAGUACUACCGGGUAGUACUCUUGUUGUCCUUGGAUAGUUGUAAGCAACACUUUCGUGUAUCCAGUCAACAAUAGCUGCUUCUCUGCAAA